AUGGCAUAUGAAACGCAUGAGGAAUGGCAUGAGACAGCUAAGCUAAACAACCGGCCGGUUUCCAUCCUGGUGAGGCCUUGCGCUUGGCGGGUGCAGAUGCCUUAUGGGCCGAGCUCUUACAGCUGCGGCAAAGCUGCCAGGCACCGGAUGAAGAAGAUUGGAACCCUUUGCCCGAGAAACGACGCAGAGGCACCGCGUGCGCAGGAGGCCCUAAAGUUGCAGGUGGCACCCGGGCAAGUCCUUGAGAAAGUGCCAGCAAUCCAGGAGCCGAAGAACACGCCUUUUGCGUUCCACUACGGCAUGGACGUCUGCAUCGAAGCCGGCAAGGACAAAUAUAUCCAUUACAUGGACACCCACGAGUACAUGGUCAUCGACGAAGGUGCCUACACGAUCUCUGCUCUCCCGCUCAUCCCGGGCGCCAAGCGGCGGCGCUUGUUGAAUAUGGCCCUGACCAACCUCGAGAGCCUGCAGAGGAACCUGCAGGAGGAUCCUGCAGUGGUCCAAGUGGAGAAGGAAGUUCCUGAGGAUGUGGAACACGAGCCCUUCAUUUCUGGAAAUUUCAGGGAAUUGGACGGAUUUUCUAGAGAUCCGGUGGUGAAAUCGAUCCAGCAGCCAGCCAAGAGCUUGCGGAGGCACUGGGUCGGCGGCCAGGACGGGCAGAGGGUGGCUCACGGCCUGGAGGAAGAGGCGAAGGAGCUUUGCGUGCGCCGUCCGGGGCUCGGCUACCGGGCCUACCAUGCACUGCUGAAGGAGGAGCUGGGCAAUGUGAGCCUCAAGAAGGUUCAAGCGGCGCUCCAGUGCUUGCGUGAAGCAUCGGCGCCGAGCCUGGCAUCCGCCGCAGGGCCGCCAGAAGAGAAAUGGCCCCCAGCUGAGUGCGGACUUCACUUGGUCGAGCUUCCCGGCCGUGGCAAGGGCUAUUUAGCCAUGCGGCGCUUUCGGCGGGGCGAGGUCUUGUUCCAAGACGUGGCGUUCUGCAGUGCGCUCGUGGGCGAGGGCGACAUGGAAGAGCUGGCAACUCAAUGUGAAGGGCGGCCGUUGGAAGAGGUGAUGGAUUUGACGUACGGUGCCGAAACGCCCGAGCUCCAUGGCAUUCUGCAGAACAAUGUCUUCCACUGCACUCGCGAGGUCGACUGCUGUGCGCUCUUCCUCCGCGUGGCUCGGCUGAACCACUGCUGUCGGCCCAAUGCCUUCGUGGACUGCGCUCGCAGCAGCGCCACAGUGCGCUGCCUCACGGACAUCGAGGAGCAGCAGGAGAUUUUGAUCUCCUAUGUCCCAGUCAGUGACCCACGGCCUUUGCGGCAUGAAAAGCUGGCCGGAAAGGGCUUCGUUUGUGACUGCUUGCGCUGCCAGGAGGAGGCUGCCGAGGCCACCCUUAGUCCGUGCGCCAACACGGACUCCGCGCUGAAGGAGAUCGAGGAGAUCAACGACUUCAUGCGGAGCCCGGCAGCCGCCCAAAGCGACACCCGGCAGCUGCUGGCGAAGCUGUGCGCCGUGGACCAACGGCGCCGUGCGGAGAACGUGGAGGGCGGCUGCGCAGUGGUGACGCUGCUGAACAACCUCUCAAACCUUCACUUCUUUUGUGCUCAAAACUUGACGGGGACGGCACGUGCGGAGGCACUGGAGGCCUUUUACGACUGCAAGAAGGAGCAGAUGCUUCGCUACGAGGCCCUGCAUGGUGGGGCUGCGCAGCGGGACAUCAGCUACUUGUUGGCCCUUCAGCGACUUUUCUCCCUUGAGCCGGGCCCACCGCAGGAACUCAGGAGUGCCUGGCUUCAGCAGCUGCAGCGUGCAUCGCUGCUGCAGUACGGCGAGUUGUCCUCUUGGAUGAGCCCGACAUUCGCUUCUGCGUCGGGAGCCUCGUGUGUCGGGGACACCGGAAGGACGCGGGCGGAAGACCCAAAACCAGGUGGCGUGGAGUUUGGGUAUGUGCGGGAGGAGUGGCGAGAUUGCAACACUGACAUUGCGCUUCAAGCGCCUGGUUCGCGAACGAACCCGCCCACCGGCGCGGCGCUUGAACGACUUCCGCGUCGGCUCCGGGCGCCCGAGAUUUGCUACGACGAAGAGUCCCCGGUCUUCAUCGCGUGCCUUUGGGCUCGGUUGAAGGGCUUCGACAUCCAAGAGGUGGAACGAUCGCUGUGCCAGGCCCGAGCGGAUCGCGCCGAAGACCGGAGCCGUUUGCUCCAACAAAUCACCCUGGAGGACGGCCGUCGCGAAGAGGCCCAGACCGGUGGAGGACGGUGUCCCAAAAUCCGUGUCCAAAGCCAGCUGGCUUGGGCGGACCUGUUCAAUGCUAACCGGAGCUGUCAAAGCCUGCCAGGUCUAUCACACCUUGAUCCGGUGUCCACGGCCGCGGGGCCUCCCGGCGACCACGUGGCCGAAGCCUUCCGGUUUGCGCCCAGUUUUGGGAUCGGGACGUGCUCAAGCACCAAUGGAGGCGCCCCGGGGGAGCACGUGAAGGCGGAGACGUCCAGCUUCCUUUGGAUUGUCAACAUGGCCAAGGAUGAGCAGCUGCAGCCGGACUCUGAAAGGGUGAGAGCCUUUGUGCAUAAGGCUGGUGCUCUCAUCCGCCCGGCGCGCGAGGUGCCACCGCGUGCGGAGCUCCCCGAGGACGAGAGUAGUCAGAUCGACAUGGGCGGUUUGAUCCCUGCGUGGGCCACCAGCUACUUGUCCUCCGUGGUCGCGGGCAAGGCAGGCCUUGAGCUGGACCGAAGACUUGAGGCACGCCCGGUGGAUCGAUCGUGGGUGUCGGAGACGUUGGUGGAAGAUUGGUCAGAUGUCAUGUCGGACGACUGCGGCCUGCCAGAGGUGGAGGAUGUGCCAUCUCUCGCGGAGAUCUCCGAAUUCCUCAUGCCAGGUUGGACGGAUCACUGGGAUGACACCGAGCUGGUUGAGGAAGAGUUCGACAAGGAGCUGUCGCAGGGCAGCAUGCGCGGUGGCCCAGGAUUUGUUUCUGCCCGGAUUGGACCCGAUGACAAGCGUGUGGACCAUGCGUGUGUGCUUUUCUCGGACCCUGCCUAG